CAGGUUUGAAAUGAAGAACUAGGCCACACAACGUCUUCCACUGAACUUGUUGAGAUGGAAUUUCAACUAUUGGAUCGCACAUGAAGGUGGUGCUGCUGGUGGUGCUGCUGGUGUUGGCCGCGUGGGCAGAUUCGGCCCAGGCCCAGAAAGCUCUGAGACUCUGUGGCCGUGAGUUUUUUCGGGCGGUCGUCUACACGUGUGGGGGUUCCAGAUGGAGGCGGGGCCAAACGGAGGACCCCAUAAAUGAUUAUGAAAUCGAGCCUGAUGUGGAGUCAGAAAUGGAUCGAGCAAGAAGAGAGGCUUACGAAGCGCUGCCCUCCACAUGCUGUAAAGUGGGAUGUAGAAAAAGUGAUCUUGUUCUCAUGUGCUGAGACCUUCAUCAUCUUCUCUGUGCAAAAUGCAUUUAAACUUUUUUUUUUUUUUUUUUUUUGGAGGACUUGAAUUGCAUAGCAACUCAAAGUUAAAAUGGUUUUAACAUAUUUGAAAGAUAUUCAGAUGUUGUUUUCCAAGAAAUUCUUCAAAUGGAAAAAAGUAUUUCUUUAAAUGUGGCAACAUGUAGAGCACAAUCGCCGUAUAGAAAAGAAAGUUGUCUUUUUUAACACAUACUAUUGUAGGGAUAGUUCACCCUUAAAUAAAUAAAAAUAAAAAAACCCAUGUUGUUCUGAAUUAAUACUUUUUUCCCUAAGUGCUAUCAGAUAUCAGAUCAGGUACUGAAAUAUACAUUGGGUAUUGUUUGAUUAUAUGCAAAUACUAUAUGUGCCCCAAAACAUGUUAAUAUUAUGACACUUUUUGUAAGUUGUUAAAUGUUUAUGAAUGGUUUAAAAUGUUUUUUUUUUUUGUUGUUUUUUAAAUGUUGUUAAAAAGGUUAAAAUCUAGAAGCAGGGACAAAUACUAGAUUAGAAAAAAAAAAACGUAUUUUAUAUCCAAUAUCAGGUGAGACCAACUGUAAAAUUGAGAAUAAAUGCAUUUUGAACAAAAAA